AUUGUUAUUAAUAUAAAUACCCUGGUUAAAAUCUGAAUAAUUCAGUGUAGUGCCGUCAUAACAAAAAUGCGUACCUUCAUCGUUCUACUCUUGGGGCUUGCUGCUGUGUCAGCAUACCCCAAAAAUAUCCAAAGAAUCGUUGGUGGUUCCAUCACCAGCAUUAACCAAUACCCUGAGAUGGCGUCUUUGCUGUUCUCAUGGGGGACCACCGGCCACAGUCAGGCGUGCGGAGGCACCAUCCUCAACAACCGUGCCAUCCUCACCGCUGCCCACUGCACCAUUGGAGAUGCCCCUGCAAGAUGGCGCACCCGCGUAGGAUCUACCAACGCUAACAGCGGCGGCACUGAACUCGCCACCCAGACAAUCAUCAACCACCCGAAUUACAACGGAUGGACCGUAGACAAUGACGUCUCCAUUAUCCGAACCGCCCUUAACAUCCCCAUCGGCUCUAGCACCGUUCAGGCUGGCAGGAUCGCUGGUGCUAACUACAAUCUUGCUGACAACCAAAUCGUCUGGGCUACUGGAUGGGGUAGAACUUCUUCAGGAGGACCGGCGUCUGAACAGCUGCGCCACGUGCAGAUCUGGACCAUCAACCAGGCCAUUUGCAGACAGCGCUACGCUACUGUAGGCGACACCAUCACCGACAACAUGCUGUGCUCCGGCUGGCUGGACGUUGGCGGUCGCGACCAGUGCCAGGGCGACUCCGGUGGCCCGCUGUUCCACAACGGAGUAGUCGUCGGUGUCUGCUCCUGGGGCCGUGGCUGUGCCCAGGCUUUCUUCCCUGGUGUCAACGCCCGUGUAUCUCGAUUCACCAGCUGGAUUCAAAACAACGCUUAAAAUGCUUUUACUUCACGUUACGGAUGCUGAUGAUAAUACAUACUCGCUAAUUUCUAGAAUAA